CCCCAUCACCUCACGCUAUGUCCACGACCUCCCAGCUCUCCAGCCCUGUCCCCUCUGCGAAGGGUCUGGGCAAGCGACGAGAGCGGUCGCUUGAUUGCCGCGAGAUGAACGACACAACACCCAUCGCCACCACCGACGCCUCGAACCCAUCAAAGAAACCCAAGCUUGUGUCCGAAGCUCACUCCUCUGCAGAGGAGGACGACGAUUACGAAGAGCUGUAUGGCAACCUCCCCCCGAGACCUCCUGCGCGGUUGCGUGCCACGCCACCGAAGCCCAGUCCAACCUGGAAGGAGGUGUACGGUGGGGAGUAUUCUGAUGAGGACGAGGAAGACGAAGAACAACGUCCCACUGCUCUUGAGCCACAACAACGAACUCGCUCCCCUUCACAAGACCCCCAACCAUCUCACCUGUCCCCACAAGCCACUCUGCCCGAUCAGCUGGUCACCGUCGUGUACGCCGACUGCGAGCCAGUUUACCCGAGGCCGGUGGAUGCCCGAUUGCGAAGCACACUGAGCGUUCUCGAUGUUGCAUUAUCACAGAGUGCUAUCGGGAAGCAGUCCCUGGCCGCCUCCGCCCCGUACGACGUCGAACGCGCGCCGACUCGCCUUCCGACACGCUCACCAACGUACUCCCCUGCGCUGCCCCCUAGCAAUGAUCAGGAAGAGGGCGCUCAAUCCCUGCAGCAUGAUACUGCAUCACAGCGCUCAGCAGAAUUCCACAUGGAAGCAACAGACCUCGUAUCAGUCCUCGUCGAACAGAAUGCCAUGGAGCGUGCCAAGAAUCAACGCCUAACCGAGGACGUUGCCUACUACCGCCAGGAUGCGGAUGACCAGAAGGUGAUGGUCGACAAGCAGCGUAUCGCCCUGGAUCUCUACCGCGCCAAGGUAGGCGACCUCCCGACCGGAUUGGAGUUGGACCGCGAUAUUCACCAGACGAAGGUCGACCUGUCGACUGCGGGCAAGCGCAUCUCCGACCUGGAAUAUCAGAUCGAGUGCAUUGUGGGGAUAAUCGAUGCCUACAAGCAUCACCCCGAGGGAAAGGCGGUCGGUCAGGCCUACCUCGAAUGGAAGGCCAACUUCCAGCGUGGGUACGAGCCCGCGACAGAGCUCGAUAGACUUGGUCACUACUCGGCUUUGCUCCUCCCCGACCCAUCCGCCGCCCCGCCCCUCCCCGCCCAGCAGGAAUAUGCACUGUACCAGCAGCCGGCUGUACCACGGAGCCCCUCGACCAACUCCCACGCGAACUGGGGAACAGGUGUUAUGCAGUCGCAUCCCCAAGCGGGACCGUCGACUUCGGCGCAAAACGACGGCAUCCGGAUCCCAGAUAUCCGCGAGCUGCAGCCAAGCCGCCGGCGCGUCCCUCCAAAUAACUCACUGGGGUUGGUCAACAUCGCGGGGACCCCCCUCCUGGAGCAGGAGCUGAGCGAUCCCCUGCGUCGGACUGUCGAGCGGAAUUGGCACAAGCUCGAUCCCGAGACGCGGCAAGGGUACUCCUCAUCAGAGUCGUCCUCGUCCCGCGUGAGCCAUCAUUUCCCAAACACCGACGACACACCUCCGCAUUCUGGCGACGAGGGGUACGGGCGCCAUCGCGCUCGUCGGCAACGGCAACGCUCCGCGCGGGCUCACUAUUCGCGCGCCUACGACGAUCGCAGGUCGCGUGCGUCUUACCAUGGCCGCCGCGCGGGUGCCUACGACGAGCGCCGCUACGAUGGCUACACCCGCGGCUACGACCAGCACCAGUACGGUGCUUUCCACGCGCCUCCUUCGAGCUACGCUCAGGAAACGCAGUACUCGAGCUCUCGCUCGUACGACGACCGCCGCAGGCCUCACGUCGACGAUGGAUACUCGUAUCACUACCGGGCUUCGGCCGGGUACGCCUAGAGCUGGAAAGACAGAUAGGCCCUCAGAUAUCGGACCCUUGCCUCAUCCGAGAGGGUUUAGGUAGCUUACUGCUCUCACUCGCGUACAGAUUCCAUGCUGACGCACUUCGUCCAGAUAGUUGAACUUUCUUGCCCCGUCCUGAACUCAUGCAUUCCCCCAUCUUACUUAUUCCCCGUCCCGUUUUCUUAUCACAUCAACUA